UCUCCAUCCAGCGACUUUUCCCACACUUUCUCCCCUCCGUGCCAAGGUUUCGGCACCCCGGGAGCUUCACUCAUGUCUCGUCGAAAGGGCGGCCGGCUAGGGAGGAGGACGACGCCAUGGUGAUUGGCGAACCGGCCGAGCUACCGUUGACUCCGCCGGGACGGACGACCGAGCGUCCCCGCGGGAGUAGUUGUGAGGGGGACAACGACGCACCGAGUUGCCGGAGGAGGCCCACUCACCUCAGGCUGUCAAAGUCUGAGGGAACCAACAAGUCGCCGUCCAAUCAGUUGACCAAAACAAACUUGCAGUUUCACAAACUGUUCAAGGAAGUGAGCAGAGAAGAGGCACUCGCACAAAGUUAUACAUGCGCCCUGCAAAGAGACAUUUUGUAUCAAGGAAAAAUGUUUGUCUCUCCAAACUGGAUCUGCUUCCACUCCAAAGUCUUUGGCAGGGAUACCAAGAUCGCCAUCCGGGCCGCGUCCGUAACGUUCAUCAAGAAGACCAAAACGGCGCUGCUUCUACCAAACGCGCUGGUGAUUGAAAGCUCACGGGAGCAGCAUGUCUUUGUGUCCUUCCUGUCCCGGAACACCACUUACAAGUUCUUGAGGUCCAUCUGCAUCCAUCUAGAGGUGGAAAAGACGAUCAGCAGCCACGCGGCUUCCUGUGAGAACAACUUCGGAGAGGAGCGCCUCCCUCUGGACUUUGCCCGGAGCUUCUCUGACUUGGAUGGCGUGGCGCGACGAGAAACGGAGGUGGAGAGUAGUAGCAGCUCCGGAUCGCAAACUCCGGAUUGUGACAAAAUGGCCGCGUUCCUGAGCAGAGAGGUGUCGGUACUCGCCGAAGUCCACCUCCGACCGGGCCAAAAGAGCCGAGCCAAAAACGGAGCAUCCGACUCUAUUGUGGCGGCCACAAACGCGGACAAAGCCUGGCCUCGAGCGACCUCACUCCCCGUCCUGUUGAUCUACUUGGUUUUAGUCGGCAUCCUGGCGCUGUCCUCCUGUUACAUGGCUUUCAAGAUGGCCGCCUUAGAACACCGCCUGAACGCCGUACUGCGUGCGCACGGCGGGUACAAGGACCACGAAGAAUUGUUUUAGGCCAUUCUUUGUUGUUGAACUAAAAUGCAAUUCAUAAAAUGCUAUUAUUGAAACAGGUUAAUUCGUGUUGAUUUUAGGCCACUUCCUGUUCAUUUGGGGGGCAUUCAAAGGUCACUUCCUUUCAGUUUUGGGUUGGUUCCUGUUGAUUUUGAGUUACUGAACCCUAAAAUCCCCCAAAUAAACAGGAAGUGACUUGAAAUUAACAGUAAAUAACCUGUAAAUGCCCCAAAAUCAACAAAAAGUCACCCAAAAAAGUUGUAACUGUAAAUGCCUCACAACCAGAAGACUGCAUGUCACUUCCUGUCGAUUUUGGGUCACUUCCUGUUGAUUUUGGGGCAUUUACAGGUCACUUCCUGUCAAUUUUGGGUCACUUCCUAUUGAGUUUGCGUUACUGGACAGGAAGUCACCCAUAAAUGCCCCGAAAUCAACAGGAAGUGACAGCCAGUCUUCUCUGGUUGUGGGGCAUUUACAAUUACAAUUUUUGGGUGACUUCCUGUUGAUUUUGGGGCAUUUACAGGUCACUUCCUGUCAAUUUUGGGUCACUUCCUGAUAAGUUUGGGUUAUGGAACAGGAUGUGACCUGUAAAUGCCCCAAAAUCAACAGAAAGUGACCUGAAAUAAACAGUAAAUAACCUGUAAACGCCCCAAAAUCAACAAACUGAUCUGUAAAUGAUCCAAAUUUGACAGGAAGUGACCCGUAAAUGCCCUAUAAAUUAACAGGAAGUCACCCAAAAAAUUGUAACUGUAAAUUACCCACAACCAGACGACUGGCUGUCACUUCCUCUCGAUUUUGGGUCACUUCCUGUUGAUUUUUGGGCAUUUAUAGGUCACUUCCUGUCAAUUUUGGGUCAAUUCCUGUUCAGUUUGCAUUACUGAACAGGAAGUGACCCGUAAAUGCCCCAAAAUCAACAGAAACUGAUCUGUAAAUGACCCAAAUUUUACAGGAAGUGACUCGUAAAUGCCCAAAAAUCAACAGGAAGUCCCCCAAAAAAUUGUAAUUGUAAAUGCCCCACAACCAGACGAUUGGCUGUCACUUCCUGUCGAUUUUGGGUCACUUCCUGUUGAUUUUGGGGCAUUUACAGGUCACUUCAUGUCAAUUUUGGGUCAAUUCCUGUUGAGUUUGUGUUACUGAACAGAAAGUGACCCAUAAAUGCCCAAAAUCAACAGAAACUGAUCUGUAAAUGACCCAAAUUUUACAGGAAGUGACCUGAAAUUAACGGGAAGUGACUCGAAAAUGCCCCAAAAUCAACAUGAAGACACCCAAAAAAUUGUAACUGUAAAUGCCUCACAACCAGAAGACUGGCUGUGGGGUUCAGAACAGUUUCUGUUGAUUUUUAUCAGAAUUUACCCGUAAAUGCCCCAAAAUCAACAGGAAGUCAACCAAAAAAAUUGGAAGUCAUACAAAAUAUUAAAUUUGGAUCUCACAGCACCACUACUUAAUUCGCUUAUGUUAUGUAACAUAUUUUUGUAUUUGUUGUUUUGUUCAAUUUUCACACUACUUUCUGUAGGCGACAAAACUUUUGUUUUGCCAAAAUGUGACCUUUAUGUCUUCAUUAAAUGAUGAAUCUUUUUUCA